UUGAGACUCGGUCUUUGCUUUAAAAGUGACAAUCCACAGCAAAAUAAUCCUCCGGCCCCUAGUCAGACGCGGGAACGCUCUGAUCAUUCAGGCUCUGUCAAUGUUGUAGAUCAAACCGAUUUGAGUUCCGGUGGUGGUAUCCCUACGUUGCCCAGCCUGCCCGUCUCUGGCGUUCCUUCUGACCAGUCCUCGAAUGUAUGUCGACAAUUUUCGAUGCACGCUCUAGUUUACCUUCUUCAUAUGGCCGCCUCCUCCCCUUACCAACUAGAGACCUGCAUCCAGGCCGUCUCUGUCGCUAACUCUGCUACUAACAGGCUAUGGACUCCUAUCACUCUUCCAUACGACACCAUUUUGCUUUCGCUCAUAACAGUAAGAAUUUUCAUCUAUAUUCGAUUCGAUGCAAAAAUCCUUAAAAAAACAAGUUUAUUUGUGUCUUAUUUUCAACUGCAUUUGUUCCUAUGA